AUGACGUGGGUGUUCGCCUUUGCUAUCCGCAACGACAUCGUGAGACGACGGCCCCGUCUGCAGCAGGGUAUCCACGAUCGCCUGACGAGCCUCCGUCUGCCUCUCUGGGCAGGUAAAUUUGCCACCAUCGGCAGCGCCCACGCCCCAACAAUGACCGGCUCCGACAAGGCGAAGUCGAAUUUCUACGAAGACCUGCACGCACUCUUGACGUCUUUGCCGAAGGCGGACGUGUAGAUUGUCCUCGAUGACUUCAAUGCCCGCGUCAAAACAGACUCUACUGUCUGGAGGGGAUUGCUGGGUCCUCACAGAAUCGCCGGCUUCAACGACAGUGGCCUUCUCCUCCUACGAAUCUGCGCUGUACGCCGCCUCCUGCUGACCAACACAUUCUUCUGCUUGCUGAUGCGAAAGAAGGUCACCUGGAUGCACCCAACACCGUGACGUUGGCAGCUGCUGGACUAUCUUAUCGUUCGGCGACCAGGACUUGAUGGUGACCAAGACGAUCUACGAAGCCAAUGGCUUGUGGGACAACCGCCUUGUCAUAUCUAGGAUGAUGCUCCGUGUGCAACCCACAGGAUGCCGUGAGCUAAAUGACCAUCAGGUAAGCUGGCUAAUGCUUUGUUGUCUUUGCCUGCUCACCAUCUCCAUUUCAGCAAUAAACUGAAAAAAGCGACCGGAAGACCUGCCAGCAGCAGAUGAAAAUGCCUCCGUGGUUACUGGAUGAUAUCGACUACAGAACACCGUUCACGCGACCGUUUUGGUUGUCCUCGACCGUUCACGUCGUCAGCACUAGGACUGGUUUGACAAAAAUGGCGCCGUCAUCAGUCACCUGCUGGUCCAGAAGAACAGGCAUAAUGAGGCCUUCCUUAACAGCCUAACCGAUAUGAACAAAAAGACCUGUUGCCAAUGUCGUCGCCUAGUUUAGCAACGGUUGCGAAAAGUGUAAAACAUCUGGAUAGCUCGCAAGGCCCAAGAGAUCCAGGCGUAUGUCGACAGUAGUGACUCAAAUAGUUUCUUAGCUGCAGUAACGGCGAUUUAUGGCCCCCGACCAAAGGAAGUGCACCGCUUCUCAGUACGGACAGACCAAUGUUUUUGACGGGGAAGUCGUAGUUUCUGAUGCGCUGGGUCGAGCACUUCAGAAACGUCCUCAACAACCCCUUCGUAAUUUCUGGUGUCUCCAUAGGCCGGCUGCCCCAGGUGAAAAUCAACGCUGACCUGAACCUCCCCGUCUCCUUUCCAAAAAAACAAUGCGUGCCGUGCAACAAAUCUCCAGGGAAAAGCAUCAGGCUCAAUGCAAUCCCAGCACGGAGACCACCGCCUGAUGGACUAACGCACGACGCUAUUUCAAAAAAUGUAGAACGGUGAAUUGGUUUAUCGGGACUUCAAGAACGCAACCAUUGUUCAUCUUUAGAAGCUCAGAGACAACAGGCCAGUCUGCGACAAUCACAGAGGCAUUUCACCACUCAACAUUACUGGCAAUACCUUUGCCCGCAUCCUCCUAAAUCGCCUCAACAGACACCUCAAGCAAGAAAUCCUGCCGGAAAGCCAAUUCGGUUUUCGACGACGCCGGGCGCUACAGACAUAGUGUUUGCCAUUCACUAGCUACAUGAAAAGUGCCGGAGAUGUAAACCCACCUCUACAUUACCUUCGUGGACUUGGCGAAAGCCUCCGAUGCGGUAAAGUGCGAGAGACUGUAAAAGAUCAUGCAGACAUUUGGCUGUCCUAAACAAUUCACGCAUACGGUACGUCACUUCCACGACGGGAUGAUGGUGAGCGCCAUGGAUAGCGGCGAAAUCUCCGGGGCAUUCACAGUGACCAAUGAAGUGAAGCAGAUCUACGUCCCCCGCGCUUACCCUAUCCAGUCUUAGGUUCUCUACCAUGUCGAUGGAUGCCCACUGUGAUAAGUGUCCCGGGGUACGCAUCGCCUACGGAACUGACGAGGAUCUUUGCAACAGCAGGCGCAUGCAGGUCCAAACACGACCACGGUCCCCGAUCUGCUCUUUGUCAACGACUGUGCGCUCAACACCACGACCGAAGUGGACAUGCAGCGGAGUAUGAAUCUCCUCGCCGCCGGGGUGUACCAACUUCGGCCUGACUAUCAACAGGGACAAAAAGGUGACCAUGCUCAGUAGUCAGCCAACACGCAACAUGCCAUUAGUCCUCGAAUUGCUGUCGACGGCCACCAACUAAAACUUGUGGACAAUUUAGCUUAUCCCGGAAGCAUACUUUUCAACAGCACCACAAGCAACAAUGAGGUUGCCCACCAGGUCUCCAAAGCCAGCUAAACAUUCGGCCGACUGCAUACCUGCGUAUAGUGUCGUCAUGGCUCCGUUAAUUAAUACCAAACCAGAGAUGUACAAUUACUUCAUCUUAAAGACGCAUGGGCUUAUUGGGAGACAUACGCGUUCAGGAAAACCUACGGUAGAUAACCGCCGGCUACAUCCCACCAUCACACUUUCCUUCAUCAGCAUCCGCACCUCCCAGUACCAUCACCCAUCACAAACAUCCAGUCGCCGUCCCCCACGCAAGUGGGAAGUGUGUUUUUUGGCUCCUUCUCCGUGCGGCUGCAUGCGUGAUCCGAACCUGAGGCUAUCACGUUGCGCCAAGGGCGGAGCCGUCUGUGGUACUCUCGCGCAUAUGAGGAGUGUGUGUGUGCUUUAUGGGUUGUGUCCCUCAUUCGACAACCGCUUUCUUACCCAGCCUCGAAGGGUGACGGUCCAGGAAUAUGCAGAGCCACCUGUCACCCUUCUGGGACUAAAGAUUUGUAAGCAUCUGCUAUAUAAGGUCCACUAGACCAUGUCCCUCGCAGCCUGGUAUACUUCUAAACGUGCACUGUUAGCCAAGCCUGAGAUAAAUGUUAAGUUUCGCAACACGUGUGCACCAAACAUUCGCCUGUUUCAGACUUGCAAAUCUUAUACCAUCCCCGCUUUCUUUAAACAAUCGAAUGUUUAGUCACGUUCGUCCAACCUAACAGCGUUUUAAAUAAAUUUUUUGAUAUUUGCUGUCUUCUUGAUACUGUACUGGUGCGACCGGAUAGGAUUUCUUUCUCUAUUUAAAAGUCUUAAGACGGAAAAAGAACUCCUUUACAAGAUAAGCUUACGUGAGAGCCUUAUGACGUUACGGUCCUAAUAAAAACAUAGAUUGACAGGCUAAAUAAUCCGUUUGUUAGUCUGAUCUUUUCUUACUCCACCCCCGCAUUUCUUUUCCUUUCGUCUGUUGAAAUUUAAAAGAAUUUUAAGCAUCUCACUGACCAUCAUAGCACACUUUUACAUGUUGAUGCUGAUUUAGACACAUUAAACAAAGAUUUUAUCAUUAGUCACAAUGACUCCCAUCUUCCUUUAAACGACAUUCCCCUAUUACCAUGUGUCUUCCAACCCGUGUAUGUGGCAACAGUAAAAAACACCUUAAAAGGUCCGUGGAUCAACAGCUAACGUUUCUUCCAAGAUCUUGUUGUUCUCAGGUAGCCCAUACUUUAUUAAUAUGUCCUUCAUGGAAUCAAAGACUUUCGACGCCUGACGUACAUUAAAAAUCACUCUAAUUUCUAAAACCCCCUUAAAAUUUGUUUUUAAUUUUUGCGUCCAAUUGCCUGCUCUUCCGCACUAAGAAAGUUUGCUAAAACAGUAGCCUUAGAUAUUACAAAGCCGUUUACUUCCAAUUUCUCUGCUCCUCUACAAUUUGCAUAUAAAGCCAAACUCAGUAAUUUAGAUGCUAUUACUCUUAUGGUCCACUCUGCCCUAAAAGAAUUAGAUAAGGUUUGCCGCGAGUACGCAUGUUUUUUUUCUUGACUACUCCUCCGCCUUCAAAACCGUCCCGCACCCUUUUCUUCUUACCAAAACAUCGCAUGCGGCUCUCCAGGCUGAUUCCUCUCUUGGCUUGGCGAUUAUUUCACUUCCCGUACUAAAUUUGUCCAAUCUGGCAAGCGAAAGCCUACUGUCCUUCCCAAUUCGAGGUUCCAUUCUAUUCCCUCACCUUUUUUCCAAUCACAACGAUGCUCUAAGAUCCCCAACAACUGUCAUUUGGUUAUAUCUGCUGAUGAUGAAGUUGUAGGACACCCUCUCAAAAGUCAGACUCAUCUCCAGUCUCUAAAGGAUGACCUUAACCAUGUAGUAGUAUGAUCGGAGGAAAAUGGUCUCCUAAUAACCAAUCAAAAACAGUUCAGUGCAUUUUCCGACUGCGGCCCUCUCUUAGUCUUGAAUACCAUGACAUCCUUCCUAAUGGGGUAUCCUCUUUCAGGUAACUUGGCGUUACGUUGUCAUAAAAUCUUCCAUUUUCCCUCCCUAGUGAGCCCUAUUUACUAAACUACGUAAACGUCUUUAUUAAAUUCGUCGUUUACGCUCCUACCACACACCUCGCCCCUUAGUGUGACGUUUCAUCCAUGCCGGGCUUCCUCCUCUGAUCCUAUAUUAUUAUACUGUCAUUUUUCCUGCUUUGCUCAAAAAGAAUCUUCUAAUAUUAAAAUGAGUCCUCCAAAUGCUCUCUUUUGCCGCUGGUGUUCCUUAUCAUUUUAGUUGAUAUUAUCCUGCAACGACAUUUCAAUACGGUCAAACAAUUUCGUGGUCGGAUUAUAGAUGACGUUGCCUUUCCCUUGCAUUCUGAUCUUAUUGCUGCGAAGUCGUCCCGACCGAUACGCUGCGGUUUCGACUUAUGCCUUGACACACAUCGGCUUUUUGAACUUCUGCAUUGCCAUUUCUAACGCACUAUCUUACGUGUGAAGAGAUAUAAAUGCAGAAGAUAGGACUUGAACUGUCCUCAUAAUAAUCGUUUCUUUUGUGUUAAAUGUCUUGGCUCUGGAAUAAUAUAUCAACUUAUGAACUACUAAUAGGAAAUGGAGCCAAUUUGCUUGCUGAAACGUUUAAGUCUAUGAUUUUAAAAUAAAGCGAUUUCCUCUCUCUCUCUCUUUUUAUAUCUACAUGCUUUUAGACUUUACAUAAAAUGUCCGCUUUCCAAAGGGUGUUGUCUGGGUCUUUUAUAGAAUGUCAACUAAUUUCAGUAAAUUAAAGGUAUUUUAAAGGAAAACAUUAACCGUGGACUUUACCUAGGUUUUUUUAAUGCAAGAACCAUACAAAUAAUUCCGAUGAGCCCACACUCCCACGUAAUGCACAAACUAGCCGUAUCACGGAACUGGCGCCUUUCCUCUCCUUCCAAAUUAAUGCGGAGUUAUUCAAGGUUCCAUUCUAUCUCCUCACCUUUUCUCCAUCCACACCGAUGCUUUAAUAUUCCCUAACGAUUGCCUUUUAGUUAAGUAUGUUUAUAAUAUGGUUGUUGGACACUUUCUCAAAAAAUUGGACACACCUCCAGUCUCUAAUGCAUGGCCUUAACCAUGUCCUAGUAUGGCCGGAGGAAAAUGAUCUCCUAAUGAACAACCAAAAAUCAGUCCACUGUAUUUUCCGACUGCGGCCUUCUCCUAGUCCUGAAUCCUCUGACAUCUUUCCCAACGAGCUAUCCCCUUUCGGGUACUUUGGUGUUACUUUGUCGUCAAAUCUUUCAUUUUCCCUCUAUACUUAGUCCCUAUUUACUAAAUUUCGUAAACGUCUUUAUAACGUAUGUCGUUUACGUUCCUACCACACAUCUGACGAUUCAUAGAUGCCUGCAUUCUUGCUCUUAUCCUAUACUGCUCUCCUCUCAUUUUAAAACGAGUCCUCCGAGUGCUUUUUUCUGCUGCCGGUGUUUCUUAUCUCUUUUAUUCGCUAUUAUCCUACAACGACAUUUCAAUUCGGUUAGGCAAUUUGCUGGUCGGAUUAUAGAUGACGUUGCCCAUUCCUUGCAUUCUGAUCUUAUUUCUGCGAGGUCUUCCCGCUCUAUGCGCCGCGACUUUCGCCUUAUGUCUUGUCUCACAUCGGUUUUUUGAGGUUCUGUAUUGCCAUUCUUGGCGCGCUAGUAGGUUUUCAAAGACAUGAUUUAUUUGCAUAGAAAAUAUAAUCGUAUUCAGUUGGUUAUGCAUGAAAGCACUAUCUUAUGUUUGAUUAGAUCACCGUUUUCCAAUAACUUGUUUGGUCUGGUGUCACGUUUUCGUAUUUAUACGGACGCACACCACAUCCUGGGAGGGAUGCAUUCUGCAAAUGCCUUCUGAUAAUUUUGUGACGCCCGUAAUCUUCUAGCGCAGUAAUGGUAAAGCCUUUAGCCUCACGCUAACGUGUCAGGAAAUAAUCUUAUCUAGCAGCAUGCUCUAGAAGGCGUUUAAACGAAAAUUCGAUUAUCAAGACAAAGCUGGUUGCACCACUGUGGUGUGAGAUUGCGUCGGAUGUGGCCUGUAGACUGUGGGCUGUAGACUGGCCUGCGUGAUUUUUUGACUAUUUUUCUACCUGCGCGGCGGUUGUCUACGGUGUGCUCCAAGCGAAUUUGCAAGUGGGCCUUAAGUCGCCGGUGCUGUGGUGUACGCGGUCGACGUCGUCGAUCACGACGACUGAACUGCCAUUUCUCUCAAGCCAAAUAACGGAUUUUCGUUCUAUCACUGUCCAUCCCACUCCUAGUGCUCUAUGGAACGUUACUUUAAUGAAAACGGUUGCAAUCUACAUACCACGCUCGACCGCCACAUGACAUCCUGUCGGUGUUAAAUUAUUUUAGGUACAAAUUUUGGCCGUGAACUUCCCACUGAUAUAGUUCUUAUUUAGGCAGAAUAGUAUUACCGACAAAGACAAGGGAGACUGGAAUGGCCAUUUCUGGCCUAUUAGCCGUCGUCAGCCAGCCAUACCAAAGCCCGAAGUGUGGAACACCCGAGCCUCGAACAUUUAGAAAAGUUCUUAGCACUCAACAUAAUCCCACACCAUAGCACGUACAGUGCGUGACCGGUCGCAAGAAAUGCUAGUCAAAGUUCUGGAAUGCGUUUCCGACAGGGAAGGAUUACUUAAGAUUGCUUAUUAUACUGAUUUUCAUGCAGCAUAAGCCUAUAACAUUUCGGACUCGGCAGUAUGUCGGCUUUUUAAUGCACUUAUUUCUGACCCCCUGCAGAAACCACACUUGGUGAAAAAUGACUAUCUAUUAAGCAUGCAUUUUUCCUAUUGAUUUUCAGUUGUCUUAAAAAUUUGAAUAUCUUCUACAGAAAACAUGCACUAAUAUAUGCUUUAUUUUGCUCAUUUGGAGGGAGAUCACACUGUCUCCAUAUUUUAUGCUCGACGAAAGUGUAUAUUUGGGUCUUUAAAAGGUUUUAAUUAUGAGAUUUUUAAGACCGUGCUAUCCUCACUGCGUCUUCAUGCUGAGCAAAAAGCGGAUUCAUGCAAGCUAAUAAUUGCGGCAUGCCUCAUGGCACAAAGUAAUUUUUAGAUGGAACGUGCGAAUGCAAAGGACAUGAAUGUGCCCUUCGACUGUGUUAUUAGAUAAACAGUGCAUACGGCGUAUGACGAGACUGAGGAAUUGUUUAACAGUGGUAUAACACCAAUGUGGCGCAAUUUUUGCAAUCGAACUUUUGCCUUAGCGUAAAGAGUGGGAAACAAAGCAGUCAUAAGAUAAAUAAAACGACCACUGCCUUCGUACGAUGUAUGCACGACAAACUGUAAAAAAGAAUGGUAUACGUUUGCCAAGGUUUUUUAUGUUGAGAGCGUUUGUCUGCUCAAAAGAACACACCGUGCAACCAUAUAUACCUCAUCAAUGAAAGUUCGCUAUUCGACAGGCCGACAAACGCAGUCUCAGCCGCAGACUAAGGAAACAAGACUUGCAAAAUAAACAGGUAUAGUAAAUGUUUGUCAAGACCUAUCGUAAUUUGAUGGUUGUCAUACUCAUGAACUGAGUUUUGUGCCUUGUUCGAAUAAGAGCUGAGAAUACAAAUGACCACCGCCACCGCCCUGCCCACAGGAAUGUUUCAAAUCCGUGCUGGUGCAUAAUUGUCAGUAAACCCUGUGUACGCCGUCAAGAGGGCUGCACGUAGGAGCUGACAUCAUCCGUCAUUACGCUAACGCCACAUGUUUUACAUAUAACUACAGUAACCCCGCACGUGUUUCGCUGGAUAUUUUAUGCCAGGAUGACUCAUGCGUGAUACCUCCAAUCCCUUCCUUAACCCUCCUCAUAUGCUUUCUAAUGAAGGUCCAUCCAGUACGCACUGUUUCAGCAUUUUGUCGGAUAUAAUUGGAGGCUGAAUCUGUAAAUGCUUCCAGACGUCACAUUUGAGGUUUGACAUCAAGCUCAGAUGCGUGCAUGCAAUGAAACCGCCAAGGAGCGCCAUCGAGGAACUGAGAUGCAUUUAAACCUACAAGGGAUGGGCAAGGACUGUAGUUCAUAUUUGCAGACAGUGGUUACUCCAAGGUCGGGUUAGUCUUUCUACGACUCCAGUGAGGCAUGGGAACCGCAUGGUAAAUUCUGGCGUCACGCUUACUAGGUGAGUCCACCGAAAACUGGGUCACGCUGCCAUAAUCUCUGUCUGGGGGAAGACCGAAUUAUUCAGUCAGUUGACUCUCUCCUACACAACGACCCCUAUCACACCCUGACGGAUCGAAACGCUAUAUUUUACAAUAGUGUGAAAUGCGUUCCUGUGCUGCGACUGUGGAUUCGUCGAUUUUGGGCUCGCUUCCUCUGCCCUCCCCUGUGCAGCUGUCAAGUAUUCGUGGCUGUCGACACCCCAUCAACAGAAGGCAGACAACGCAGCCAUCCGAUUUCCAAUUGGGCUGGGAUGCGUAGACCGAUUUUGACAUAUGCUUAAAAUGCACUAUUCACGGAUAUCUACUUCACUGGUGUUGGUGCUGUUUGACAUGUCAUUCACAGACACUUGCGUCGGUUAGUAAUUAUGCCAGAUGUCGUGUCAUUUGGAGCAACUUUAGACCCCUGGAUAAGGACGUCUAGUCUUACUGUCUGUGCGCUUCAUGCCUCACAUCUGCCAAAAUACCCCUUGAGAGAUUGCAGGUGCUCCAACUCUCUCAAAGUGCACUGCAGUCAACAUCAGUUCUGCCAAUAUGAUUUGCUGUUCGAGGAUAUAAUUCAUUCAAACUCGAGCCCACAAUCAGAGACUGCGUCAGAUAUGGGUAACAGAUGCCCAGGAGUUACAAUACGUUUUGGAUUGAACAUGUCGCAGUAACGGUAAAGACAGAUAAUGUCGGCUACUAAGUAAAGCGCUUUUGACGGCGUACGCAGGGUUUACGGACAAUCUUGGGCCGAAAUGGAUUUGAACUAUUACUGAGGACAGGGUAGCGGUCAGUUGUAUUCUCAGCCGUAUUUUGAACAAGGCGCAGAACGUACUUUGUGAGUACCACAACUUUUAAAUUACGAUAUUUGUUGACAGCCAUUUGUUUCACGUGCGUUUCUAGCAAGUUUCUUUGGUAUCUUCUCCAGUGAUGUUGGUACUAUUUGGCACAUUAUUCCCAACCACUGAGGUAGCUUAAUAACCCUGUCAGAUGGUGAGUCAUUCGGAGAAUCUUUAGACGUCUGGAUAACGACUUCUACUCUUACUGUCUAUGCAACACACCUGCCAAAUUACCCCUCUGAGAGAUCACACGUGAUGUACUUGUAUCAAAGUGCACUGCAGUCGACAUCAGUUCUGUCUCUAUGAGCUGCUGUUUAAGGGCGCCAUAUAUGCUGACCUUGACACCUCUGUCUGUUUCUCUCAUUUUUUAUGUCCAUGUGAUUUAUGCGUGAUACCUACAGUCCCUUCCUCAACCUACUAAAUAUGCUUUCCGAUGAAAGUUCGCCUAGUGCGUACAGGUUCAGCUGCGUGACGGGAAUAAUUGAAGAAUUGUAUUACCGGCAAAGACAAGGGAGACUGGAAUGGCCAUUUCUGGCUUAUUAGCCGUCGUCAGCCAGCCAUACCCAAGCCCGAAGUGUGGAACACCCGAGCCUCGAACUCGCGACCUGUCGGUUUAGGAUUCCACGCCUCUACCCACCGAGCCACGAGCCCGUUGCACCGUCGGCUUUCGAUCGGGAAUAUACAAUGUUAGGGGGCGCUCACCGAUCGUUCAUACGGGACUUACUGUUCCCUUGUGCUUUAAACCUCUAAACCAACAGGUCGCGAGUUCGAGGCUCGGGUGUACCAAACUUCGGGCUUGGGUAUGACCGGCUGACGACGGCUAAUAAGCCAGAAAUGGCCAUUCCAGUCUCCCUCGUCUUUGUCGGUAAUAGUAUUCUGCCUAUAUAUCAUGCGCCGCUGUGCGGCUGCUGGUUGGGCUCGAGAAAGAGCCCUUAAGGCACAACGGAACGAGUGAGUCCCGUAUGAACGAUCGGUUAGCGCCCCCUACCAAUGAUUGAGGAAUCAAUUUGCAAAGGCUUCCAAGUGCCACAUUUCAGGUUUGGCAUGAAGCUUGAAUGUAUGUAUGUAACGAAACUGCUAAGGAACGCUAUCGGGUAACUGAUAAUGCAUUUAGAUCAAUAAGGGCUGGGUAAGGAAUCUAGUUCAGACUUACGGAAAAUGGCACCUGCACUGUUGGGGUGGUCGUUCUACGAAUCAAGUCAGGUAUGGGAACCGCAUGAUGAAACCCUGGCAACACAAUUACUGGGAGCGUCGACCGAAGACUGAUUCACGCUGUCAUAAUUUCGGCCCGAAAAAUACCUUGUUUUCAUAACUAGUUAAUCCUCCUCUUAAGCUCUAAACCUGGCGCACCUUGAUGGGCGUCAUCACGUUGUAGUUACGAUGGCGAGGAAUGCGUUCAUGUGCUGAGUCUCUCGAUUCACCAAUGUCGGGCUCGCUUUCUCUUCCUUCUCCAAUGCAGCAGUCGACUGUUCGCGGCUGUCGGCAUGAAUACAUGAGUCAGCGAAUAUGCAUGAGGGUUCAAUGAGAGUCCGCCGCCCUUUCCUAAAAAUUGCCAAGAUAUGGAAGCUACGCUCAAAGUAACUUCUCUAUGUUCCAGAAGAUAACUUGGCGUCAAGGUGUCGUCACUUAUCAGUUGUCAGCGACCCUAGCCACCAGCUCAGAAUGCCAUAUUCUGGCGGCAGCGACCAACACAAUUGGCCCUCUGACGGAUUCUGGAUUUGCCUUUCGUCACACACGCCGUUAAACAUUCACAACCAGUCCGUGCGUACUGAUUCUGCUAGUUCGAGUUUAACCUCUUAUGUUAUGGGCAUAAUUCGUAAUCACAUUGGUGCCUCAUAUUAACCGGAGUUAAUAAGCACGAAAAGUAAAAGGCUAUUUAUUCCUACAAAUACCUGAAUAAGUGGUCAAUUCAAAAUCUACCAGCUCUUCAAUCGAUACUUACGGUGCACGAUCGUGCUGUGUGCGGUAGUUCUGGGUGGUAUGCAGUUCCAACACCUAGUCUCGCAGCAGGGAAAUGUUUAUGAUUUGCGGUAAAACAUGUCGUGCCUCUUGAGAUUCUCCCUGCAUUAUAUUGAGUAUUUCGAGAAAUACUGGCUGAUGCGUUUAUUUGGCCGGAGGAUGCUUAGUGCCACUAUAAAAAGGGCUGAUCGUGUUUGUGUUUGUGGUGUGUCGUGUAUUUGUUUUGAAUGCGAACGGUGUCGCGGUGUGGGGAACGUUCUGUUCUGCUUCUGUCUGUGGGUUGGGUUUGCCAAAAUUGAACAUACUGACUGGCAGAGAGUUAAGCCCAAACUAAGACAUGUUCCAGAGGGGUUCUGGUCAGCCUGGCGUCCCCUUUCCCGGCUCACAUAGAGAAUGCCAGGUGGGUAUUCGGCCAUUAAACCAAGUACAUAGGGGGAGGGCUUAGAGAGCACGUUUGGUUACAAUCGCUUAUACGCCCCCUCGCUCCGCAUCAAACUAAUGCGUGUGGCUUCUCACCUAAUCCAUUAAAACGCCCUCAAUUCCAUUCCCGUUCAAUCCAUAAGCAUUAUGCCCACGACCUGUGAUAGAAAUAUCCGGAACAGUUUUGAUUCCACAGCCUAAAUGAAAUAACUUUAUUGAACAUUUUUGGACAGUCCACAGGGAGAAAUUAAAAAAGUACAUCACGUACGGAGGGAUUCGCCAAAAUUUAGGGCCUGUUGGAUUUCAUCUCUGGUGUCCUUUACGUACGCGCUGGCUGACAAACCUUGGCGGGUAGCUACUAGCCCUCAGAACCCGUUAAAAAUAUUUUGAUUCAGUGACCUUGUGCUGAGGCACCGGACUAAACCACCUUUCUUUUACUGUUUUGCCUUUUUGACGUAGCGGACACAACUCCGCAAGACAACCCCCGCGUCGCUGGCGUGCUCUGCGGUCAGUUCAUUUGAUUCUACCAACCGGUUUUACUUACUGCCUUUCUGACAUGGCACUCGUGGCAUAUCGUUCGUCUUAACGCACCCUAAAGCAACUGUGUUUGUGACUGACCUAGUGGCUACUUUUAAAGAUUAGUGCUUGCGUAAUAUUUGUCGUUUUCCAAAAACAGUUAGGUUUAAAGCCACCACCAUCUUUAGGGCAAUAGAGAACAUUUAGAAAGGCCAAAUGAUUGUUUUCUUCCUCCCUCCUGCGUAAAUUGUACUCCCGAGAAGACGCUUUUGAGAAUUUCUUCGAAUGCCAACACCUGGUCCCCUAUGACGACGACGAAGAAGGUAUCAUCCACAUACCGAGCCCACAAUCUCGGUCUGCGGUGUCGGGAAACCAGCGACUCCUAACGUUGUUGGACAGUUUCAACACCAGAGACCAAAUCGCACUAGCCCUAAAUUUUGGCGAGCUCUUCUGUACGCGAAAAACAUCUCGGACGCCGUAGUCGCCUUUUCGUACCACUUAUAACCGGUGUUGAACACAGGCCGGAAGCAGCCAUCGUGCGCCAGGUUAUGAGGAUUAAAGACUCAUUACCACUGCAGAAGACGUCUGGAGUCGAUUACCUGGUCUGCUGCAGUUGCGGACAGAGCAACUACGUCGGAGAAACCGGGAGAUUACUAUGGACGCGGAUGACCAAGCAAGCAGCAGCGAUGAGGAGGAGGACGAGGAGGACGACGACGACGACGACGACGACGACGACGACGACGACGACGACAACGAAAGACGCUAG